AUGUCUUCAGAACACUUUCGCGUAGACGAACAUAAGAUAGAAGCAUCGCAUAUCCGUGGCUUCCCGCGUGCCACAGCUACGACGCAGGAAGAAGUUCUACAUCUAGCCGUCAAGCAAUACACGCCUCUCAAUAACACAAGCGCGAAACCCGGAGACAUAACCAUAAUCGCAGCGCAUGCAAACGGAUUUCCAAAAGAGCUGUAUGAGCCACUAUGGGAUGAGCUCCUGCAAAGGUGCCAACAACAUGGCUUUGGUAUUAGAGGGAUCUGGAUAGCCGAUGUCGUUCACCAAGGCUUGAGCGGCGUUUUGAACGAAGAUAAGCUAGGCAAUGACCCGGCCUGGCUCGACCACAGCAGAGAUCUCCUCCACAUGGUAAACAUCUUCCGCGAUCAGAUGCCGCGUCCGAUAGUUGGUGUAGGCCAUAGCUUCGGUGGUUGCCAACUAGCUAACCUCGCCCUCUUGCAUCCCCGUCUCUUCGAAUCUCUGAUCCUACUCGACCCUGUCAUUCAAGGCAAAGUCUCUCUGAACGGCAAUGUUGGGCCUGCUGCUGCGUCAUCGGGUAGGCGUGAGCGCUGGCUAUCACGAGAAGAAGCCGCGAAGAGUUUCGGUAAGAGCAAGUUCUACCAAGCAUGGGAUCCGCGGGUGUUGAAUCGAUGGGUGCAAUAUGGAUUAAGGGAUGUACCGACCAAGUUGUUCCCCGAUGCAAAGAAGCCCGAGGUGACUUUAACGACGACGAAGCAUCAAGAGGUCCUGACAUUUCUGCGGGGGAACUUUGCUGCGAGACCAGGUGACAAGGAGCCAUCGUCUGCGGAGUUUACAUUAAGCAACCCGAAACUUAACAGGAGGACUCAUGCAGAUAUGACGCCGACAGCUGAGCCUCAGUCACCCUUCUAUCGAGGCGAAUCCACCAUUGUUUUCAACCAGCUACCUUCACUCUCGCCAUCCGUGUUCUACAUCUUCGGCGAAACAUCCUUCCUUACCAACCCCGUCGACAUUGAGGAUAAGAUGCGCUUGACUGGAUCCGGUGUCGGUGGUAGUGGCGGACGCGCAGAGGGAAGAGUAGCGAACGUCACGGUACAAAAUGCAGGGCAUUUGAUACCUAUGGAGAAAGUAGAGGAGAGUGCGGAUCAUAUCAGCAAGUGGGUUAGUCAAGAGAUGAAGAGAUAUUGGGAUUGGGAACGCAAGACAGAGGAUGAAUGGGAAGGAAAGCAGGGAGUGGAGAGAAGUGUGUUGCCUGAGCGGUUCGUGGAAGAAUUGAAUACGUUGGUCAAGCCAAGGGAGAAGAAGCAGUCGAAGCUCUAA